CAACCACCACAGCCACGACCACCACCACCUUCAGUCACACUCCAGCAGGCGAACAGAGAGGACACGCGCUCCAUUGCUCUCUCCAUCAAGACGAGGCGCCCCGCAAGGAAGCAAGAGAAUAUAAAAAGGACAAGGGCUUUAUAAAGAAGAGGAAGAAGAAGAAAAGGAGGAAGAAGAAAAGCUAGAAGAAGAAGAAGAAGAAGAAGGAGAAGAAGAAGAAGAAGAAGAAGAAGAAGAAGAAGAAGAAGAAGAAGAAGAAGAAGAAGAAGAAGAAGAAGAAGAAGAAGAAGAGAAAUAGCAACACUAACACCACCACCACCACUACCAACAACACCAACCACAACAAUGCCUUCAACAAUAGCCACCACCACCACCACCCACCACCACCAGCAAACCACACCACCACCCGACCAUAAGAGGACCCACAAACAAGACUCUUCUCCCAAGGCUCCUCAUUCUCCUACUGACCACCACCACCACGACAACCGCAAGCACAAGAACACAAGAGGCCCCCGAAUUGCCAGGGACCCUAGAGAACCCCAGCCUUGCCUCUCCCAGCCUCCCUAGUGACGAUUACUGGAGUGUAGGUGAAGAGGAGAAGGUUGAUGACGUUAUGAAGGUUUUCAGGCGCACUGCACGUCACUUCAGCAGUCUGGACCUGUGUGACGAUGCGAUGUGUGACCAGAUGGUGCGGCAGGCGAACGCUCUAGCCAGGAUGAAGAUGGUGCGACGGUACAUUGAACAAGGGAUCUCCACUCUGGACAGCCUCGUGACGGCCCUAGAUGCCGAGCUGGUGGUGGCAGGGGAGUCCAUGGCAAGGGCUUUGGGCAACAGAUGCAGGGCUGCCCACGCUAUUCUGGCUGACGUCACUAAGGGCCCCGAGCAUGCAGACCGCCUCAACGCAAAAAGCAGCGCCUUUAUCUACGGCCGCGAUGUUCUAAACUACUUCUAGGUGCUCUCUCUCUCUCUCUCUCUCUCUCUCUCUCUCUCUCUCUCUCUCUCUCUCUCUCUCUCUCUCUCUCUCUGGAGUUUCAAAGUUGACGAGUAAGUACUUUCAUCUCUCUCUCUCUCUCUCUCUCUCUCUCUCUCUCUCUCUCUCUCUCUCUCUCUCUCUCUCUCUCUCUCUCUCUCUCUCGUUCCUCAGUGUUCCUCCUUUCCUUUAAGCAGUCGAUGAAGGUCCCAGGAGGAGGAGGAGGAGGAGGAGGAGGAGGAGGAGGAGGAGGAGGAGGAGGAGGAGGAGGAGAAGGAGAAGAAGAAGGAGAACAAGAAGAAGAACAAGAAGAAGAAGAAGAACAACAACAACAACAACAACAACAACAACAACAACAAGCGCAAAAAAGAACAAGAAGAAAAGAAAAAAGAAACGAAGAGGAGGAAGUGCGAAGUAGAGGAGGAGGAGGAGGAGGAGGAGGAGGAGGAGGAGGAGGAGGAGGAGGAGGAGGAGGAGGAGGAGGAGGAGGAGGAAGAAGAGGAGGAAUGAGAGUAGCUUUCCCUAACCAUCACUCUUCAUUAUAGACCUCCUCCUCCUCCUCCUCCUCCUCCUCCUCCUCCUCCUCCUCCUCCUCCUCUUCCUCCUCCUCCUCAUUAUCAUUCCUUACUCUUCUCCUCCCUUCCUUUGUUUCUCUCCCUUUUUAUUUUCUAAUCACUAUUCCUUUUAUUCUUCCUUCCUUCCGUGUCUCUAUUCUCUUCUUCUUCCCUCCCUCUUCCUUCCUUCCAUCUCAAGUUAUUCUCCCUUCUCUAUUUCCAAUCUCAUACCUCUUCCUCCUCCUCCUCCUCCUCCUCCUCCUCAUGAAAUAGAAUUACGAGGAACGAACGUGAAAGGACAAUAAUGAAGAGAGAGAGAGAGAGAGAGAGAGAGAGAGAGAGAGAGAGAGAGAGAGAGAGAGAGAGAGAGAGAGAGAGAGAGAGAGAGAGAGAGAGAGAGAGAGGUUCAUUAUCGUAUUAUCCCCUAUCAAUCCUCCUCCUCCUCCUCCUCCUCCUCCUCCUCCUCCUCCUCCUUCUCCCCCUCCUCCUCUUCCUCCUCUUCAGCUUCAGAACCUAACCACAGCACUCACUGAAGUUGCUGACACACACACACACACACACACACACACACACACACACACACACACACACACACACACACACACACACACACACACACACACA